CAGGCUCCCGCCCCGCAGUCAUGUCGACCGCUAUGAACUUCGGGACCAAGAACUUCCAGCCGCGGCCCCCGGACAAGGGCAGCUUCCCGCUGGAUCACUUCGGUGAAUGUAAAAGUUUUAAAGAGAAAUUCAUGAAGUGUCUCCGUGACAAUAAUUUUGAAAAUGCUUUGUGCAGAAAUGAGUCAAAAGAAUACUUAGAAUGCAGAAUGGAGAGGCAACUGAUGGCACAAGAACCACUGGAGAAACUGGGAUUUGGAGAUUUGAUAGAUGGAAAAGCAGAGGCAAAAAAUAAGUUUUGAUGAGAGGAAGACCACCAGGCUGUGCUCGGGGACUGCUCAGGACAGAGCACACUGCACCACUUCCUGAGCCCCGAAGACCUGCGUGUCUUCCUUAGAAACACUGUCAGGAUGCCCUUGAGACGCUCCACGUGAGGUUCAGGUAGACGCGUCCUUGUGGAUGCGUCUCACGUGGAGGGAAAGGGCUUAUCUUCCAAAGUUCCCCAAAUUAUUUUCAAGAAUGAUUGGUCCUUGUAGAUGCUCAUUUUCUCAUAAGAGGGUGGUUUAAGUCCAGUUGUGUGACAGUUCCCAGGGAGGCUUAGGACAGGAGGUAAGAAUGCCAGAGUAACAGCUCACUGUGGGCGAGUACCUUGAGUCUGCUGUGAAAUGGUGGCUUUGUAUUAAAUACUCUGAAUUGCUUUUUAAUACUAAUGUGUAAAUGGACACAAAUUUCAGUCUGUUAUAUACACAGAAGUCAUCAGAAAAUAACCAUUUCCUAGCAAAAUAUUUUUCUUUUCAUACUUAAAAAUAUAUAUGCCAGUUCAUUUCCUUUUUUCUUCUUUUUUUUUUAAUAAAAGUAGAAUACUACUAACUAGGAAGUGAGAAAUCAUUUGGCUUUUGACAUAUUUGACUUCUUGAUUUUUUCUGGUUAUGCCUAAACAUCAAGUAUCUUUAAAAUCAGGGUGUUAAUUCCUGACUUGUAUCAGACUAUAUUUAUAAAACUUGAUAUUUACUUUCAAUAACUCAUUUAUUGUAACUCUGAAAAAUAGAAUGUUAGCACAUUUGUAGUUAGACUUA